CGACUUACCAGUAGCGAUGACAUCGUUUUGCCACCACGCGUACCAGGCGGACCACAAUUGCUCAGCGUAGGAAAGCUGAGGCUGCGACGCCUUGAUCAUGUCGAGGACACCGAAGUAGUUUGUGUUGGGAAGGAAUGACGCGGUUGCAUUCUGAGCGUGCGCCCAGACAGUCUGGUAAGCAGCCUCCAUUUGGUCGAACGAGUGAGCCGGUCAAGGAGAGGUGAUCGCUGAGUCGGAUGGCGGCACGGCGUGGACAGGGAUGACUUUAUCUGUUGGGGGGCAAAUGUAGUGCGUUCAGUUGCGUGCGCGCCAAAGCGCAGGGUACGGUAGUGAGAGCAGCAGCAGCAUGACAAGUGGCGAGACUUUGGGCAGGUAUUCGGAGAUUUGUCAGCUGCCAUUUGUUAUUGGCCUAGCUAUCUUAGCUGUAUACCUGUGUGUAUACAAUUUGUUCUACUCGCCAUUGCAACUGCAGCUGGUACCACAACCGGUACCGCGCAUAGUACAUCGAUAUCAUGGUCGACAACGUCAAAGUCCAGACUCGCUCGAUCGCGAACAUUAUUCAGCGUACAUGCCACGUGAACGUCAUGCAUUAUCAGAUCAGGAGCUGCCUGUGUAUCCUCCCACGGCCGCCUGGUGGUGUUCGAUGCCGUUUCACUCAGGCAUAUGCGUAUCAAGCCCUGAUCUUCUCUCUACGACUCUUCUCGGCGCUCACGCUGCUCUUUCGCGGCUAUUCCCCCGGUACAAAUCCAACAUUGAUGCAACGCCUUUUCGUACGAGUGACUUUCACCUCCUCCGCCUUUUCCUCUUCAUCUUCAACGCCUGCUUCCUCCAAAGUGUGAUAAUCCAGUAGUGUUUGAAGCUCCUCAUUUUCCUUCACAACAUCU